AUGACCAUCAAGGGCCUCAACGGCGAGGCCAAUUCGGCAGCCGCUGCCCACAAGCCCGCCCACUUCAAGCUCGAGAACCUCAUCCGCCCCAACAUUCUUUCGCUCGAGCCGUACCGUUGCGCACGCGAUGACUACCAGUCUGGCAUCCUGCUCGAUGCCAACGAGAACAGCCUCGGCCACUCGCUGCCGCCCAAGUCGGUCAUCCCUCACAAUCCGGGCACCUCGAAUGGCGCCACACCUGUGCAGUCGAACGAGGCCGACGACCCGCUCUCGCUCAACCGAUACCCGGAUCCAGGCCUUUUUGGCAUCAAGGACUCGCUUGCACAGCUGCGUGGCGUUCCCAACGAUGCCUUCGUCUUCCUCGGCGUGGGCAGCGACGAGGUGCUCGACCUCGUGCAGCGCGUCUGCUGCCGUCCCGGCAAAGACAAGAUCCUCAUCUGCCCACCCACCUACGGCAUGUACAGCGUGUGCGCAGCCGUCAACGACCUCGAAGUCGUCAAGGUGCCCCUCAUCACCGAGGGUGGCAGGUUCGCUCUCGAUGUGGAAGCGGUCAACACGAAGCUCAGCGAAGACCCGGACAUCAAGAUCACCUUCAUCUGCUCGCCAGGCAACCCCACCGGAACAUUGAUCCCGCCAACCGUCGUCAAGAAGGUUCUCGACAAUCCAGACUACAAGGGUCUUGUUGUGGUCGACGAGGCGUACAUCGACUUUGCCGAAGAGGAGAAGGCCAUGGGCAAGCGUGCUCAGGAUGACGUGGUGAGCGCCGUCAGCCUCGUCCACGAGUACCAGAACGUCAUGGUCACACAGACGCUCUCCAAGGCAUUCGGUCUCGCAGCCAUUCGCUUGGGAAUCGCAUUUGCGCAGCCAGCGUUGGUGCAGAUCAUGAACAACACCAAGGCGCCCUACAACAUCUCUUCGCCUACCGCCCACCUUGCCUCAUUAGCGCUUUCGCCACAGGGCAUCGCCCAGAUGCGCGAAAACGUCCAGACGCUCAUCCGCAACCGCGACCAGCUCAUGGCCGACCUCAAGAGCGUCCCCGGCACGGGCGCGAUCCUUGGCGCCAACGAAGCCAACUUUGUGCUGGUCCAGAUCUUGGAUCUCGAGACACGCUCCAGGCCCGACAACAACGUGGCGCAGACGGUGUACAAGCGCAUGGCCGAGGAGAUGGGGCUGGUGGUGCGCAACCGUGCCAAGGACCUUGGCUGCGCUGGCUGCUUGAGAGUCACCGUGGGCACCGAGGCGGAGAACAAGCGCUGCAUCGAGCUCAUGAAGGGCCUCCUCGAUGGCUCCAAUGCCAAGUCGAGCAACAAAGUGGCUGGGGGCCAGCUGACCAAGUACGCAUUCACCUCUUCGGCGCUCGGCUCGCUCGAGACGCAGAUCAACGUGUUUGUCCCCUCGUCCGCCUCGUCCUCGCACAAAGUGCCGGUUCUCUACUACCUCUCCGGUCUCACGUGCACCGAGGACAACGCCGCUCAAAAGGGUGGCUUCUUCAACGCAGCCGAAUCCGCUCAGAUCGCACUCGUGUUUCCGGACACUUCUCCGCGCGGUGCCGGUGUCGACGGUGAAGAUGAGAGCUACGACUUUGGUACCGGCGCUGGAUUCUACCUGAACGCGACAAAGCAGCCCUGGAACAAGUGCUACAACAUGUACGACUACGUUGUCGACGAGCUGCCCAAGAAGAUCGCCUCAAGCGACCUUCCGAUCGACACGAGCCGGGCCUCGAUCUUUGGCCACUCGAUGGGCGGACAUGGAGCGCUCACACUCUACCUCAAGAACCGAUCUGCCUAUCGAAGCGCAUCUGCCUUUUCGCCCAUCUGCAACCCCACCGCCUGCCCCUGGGGCAAGAAGGCCUUCGAAGGCUACCUCGCCUCGGGCCUCGAGGAAGGCAAGCAGUACGACGCCACGCUUCUGCUCGACCAGGCAGACGGUCAGCCCGACAUCCUCGUCGAUUCGGGCACCGCAGACGACUUCUACAAGCAGGGCCAGCUCCUUCCCGAAAACUUUGAAAAGGUCGCAAAGAACAAGGGAUUCAAGAACGUUAGUGUCAGGCUCCAGGAUGGAUACGACCACAGCUACUACUUUAUCUCCACCUUUGCCGAGGACCACAUCAAGUUCCACGCAAAGUCCCUCAACGCCUGA